GCAGAGAUGCAUCAGGGACGCCUGCGACUGCGGCCGUGGCUGGAGGAGCAGAUCGAUUCCGGCAGACACCCUGGAGUCGUGUGGCUGGACCAGUCUGCCAGAGUUUUACAGAUUCCCUGGAAGCAUGCAGCCCGGCACGGCUGGAAUAUCGAGAAGGACGCGACUCUGUUUCGAAACUGGGCGAUCCACACGGGCCGAUACAAACCCGGCGCAGACAAACCCGAUCCCAAGACGUGGAAAGCAAACUUCAGAUGUGCGCUCAACUCCCUGACGGACGUCCACGAGCUCCAGGACAAGAGCAUCAAGAAAGGCCACAACGCGUUCAGAGUUUAUACUCUCCUUCCACACAGCAAAACAGUCAAGAGACACAAAGCUUCGAGGUGUUUGGAGAGCGACAGUGAAGCAGCGACACCUCCGCAAACACAAAGGAACACGCCGCUGGAGAGAUUUACAGAGGCCUUCUGGAAGCUCUCCGAUGACCGAGGCAGGGAAGACAAAUGUGUCGAGGAGCAGAGACCAGACAUCACCUUCUCACAGGGACUGCAGCUGAACAAGACCGACGAGCACGAGCAAACCGAAGCGGUGCUGAAGGUAAGAUCUCUGGUGGACAUGCCGUUCUCAUCCAAACACAGGUUAGGAGUCGACUCGAGGACGCCAGCGAGUAAACACGGCUCACUUGCAUGAAGCGGGAAAACCUAAUAAAGCAUCUUGAGCGGCCUUGCUGUCAGCAGGAGCAGCUGUCUGUUGAACACGCACGCAUGUGAUGCACAAAGUCUCAGCAAUAACGCUGCGCUGCCUCAGAUUACUCCGUUUAUCAAGAUAUUUUCAGCAGAUCGUGAGCGGUUCCACGGGACACUAGAACAGCUCUGGAGCAGGUUUUGUUCAUUAAAUAGUUGCAAAGGCAACUUACCCUGACACUUAAUACUAUAGUAAUUUAUAGUAAAUGCUAGUGUUU